UAGAACAUCAUCAGUUUCUAAAAGAACAACUAAACACAACAAAAAUGAAAUCCAUGAUCCUUGCUAUCGUUACCCUGUGCGUUGCCACAGUUUAUGGAGGAGUCUUGGCCCCAGCACCUCUGGCGUUUCCCCCACCUCCUGUAGCAUAUGCAGCAGCUCCAGGCUUAGCCCUGCCACCCCCACCACCAUUAGCCUAUGCCGCUGCACCAGCUCUCGCUUACCCACCACCACCCCCACUAGCUUAUGCAGCUGGUCCAGCUUACGGUCUUCCACCCCCACCACCUCUAGCCUACAGUGCUGCCUUUCCUUGGUAAAAUCCCUUAUGAUUAAAAGAAAUAUUCCACUGUAUAAACAAUGUAGAUAUGACACUGUAAAUAAAUAUACUUAUGUAUAAACUUCCUUGAA